CACCUCUAGACCAUCUUUAGGGUGUUUUUGUGAAGAAUUUUCUGUUUUCUAUGGGUGUUUUUGCUGAUAAUUAAGAACUUGCAUCAUGUCCGUGGUGAUUGAGACCACGCUUGGCGAUCUGACGGUCGAUCUAUUCACAACCGAACGCCCCAUCGCAUGUCUAAACUUCCUGAAGCUCUGCCGGCUUAAGUACUACAACUACAAUCUCUUCCACACCGUGCAGCAGAAUUUCAUUGCCCAGACCGGGGAUCCAAGCGGCGCUGGAGAUGGUGGCUCCUCCAUUUGGGGCGUUGUGGAGGGCCCGCAGAAGCGCUUCUUUGAAGCCGAAUACCUGCCCAAGAUUCACCACUUGAAUGCGGGAAUGCUGUCACUUGUGAGCGCGGGAAAGAAUCUUGUGGGCUCCCAGUUCUUCUUCACCCUGGCAGAAGACCUAACAUCGCUGGAUGGCACCCACUGCGUCAUUGGCGAGGUGGUGGAGGGUCACGAGGUGCUCCGCCAGCUAAACGAUGCCAUUGUGGAUGAAAAGUUCCGUCCCUACCAGGACAUACGCAUAACCCACACGGUGGUGCUGGAGGAUCCGUAUCCCAAUCCGCGUGGCUUGCAGGCGCCCAGUCGCUCACCCUCACCAAGUGCCGAACGGUUGAAGAACGGACGCAUAGCCGCAGACGAGGACAUCGACGACACCGACGGCAUGACAAUGGAGGAAAUGCAGGAGAUGCUGGCCGAUCGCGAGGCCAAGGCUCGUGCCACAAUACUGGAGAUCGUGGGUGAUUUGCCGGAUGCCGAGAUGGCACCCCCUGAAAACGUACUCUUCGUGUGUAAACUCAAUCCGGUCACGACGGACGACGACCUGGAGAUCAUCUUCAGUCGCUUUGGUGUGGUGAAGGGCUGCGAGGUGAUUCGGGAUCGCAAGACAGGCGACUCCCUGCAGUAUGCCUUUGUGGAGUUUGACGAGCAGAAAUCGUGCGAGGCUGCUUACUUCAAAAUGGACAAUGUGCUGAUCGACGACCGGCGCAUACAUGUGGACUUCUCCCAGUCCGUGUCGAAAGUUACGUGGCGUGGCAAAGGACGUGGCGUGGAGGGCGCUGACGGCAAGCUGGACUUUGACAAUCUGCGGGAUAACAAUGAUCGAAGGCCACACAACAACGGCAGGGGCAGAGACAGAGGCAGACCUGACGAACAUUGGGAUCGCAAGAGGCCAGACGAUCCGAGAAGUCGAAUGAGCUCCGCAGAGCGGCGGAAGGCAAGAGAGCAACGUCACCAGCAACAACACGAUCGAAGGCGUUCACGAUCCAGGGAUCUAAACGAGCGAAGGAACCCAAAUGACAGGCAGAUCAGAGAAGGCAACGAUCGAAAACGUUUCAAUGAACGCCGCCGCUCACCGUCCAGAGAUCGUAAUGAUCGACGGGAUCAACGUAUGGAUACAAGAAGAUCCAGAUCCCGAGAUCGCAAUAAUCACAGGCGAGAGAGAUCACCACAAACAGAAAGACAUUAUGGUCAAAACAGAGAACCCAUCAGAAGCAGAGAUAAUGGGCAAGUCACAAGGCCCCAGCAAAGACAUCCCGAAUCCAGAGACCGCGAUGCACGUAAUCAGGAUAGAAAUUCAAAGCGGAUCGAACGCAAGGAGACUCCCGAUAGGAAGCGUAAGCCCGCAGCAUCCGUGGAAAAGAAACACAAGAGUCAGAAGGUGGCAAAGAAGAAGUCGAAGCGGGCCUCGAGUAGCAGCUCCGACUCCAGCGAUGAUUCGUCGGACAGUGAAAGCGAUUCGGAUGAAACAUCCUCGGAUAGCUCUGAGGAGAGCUCUAGUUCAUCCUCCUCCUCGGACGAGCGCAGCAAGCGCAAGCGAAGCAAGAAGACGAAGCAAAAGAAAGCCGAAUCGAAAAGCAAACACAAAUCGAAAAAGAGACACCAUGGCAAAUAA